UUUAUACACCAGAGUGAAACUCAGAAGGUUACUUUUACCCGCCAUAGUGUUCUAUUUUAUCCUGGAUUGUAUUCAGCAUGGUAUUUUAAACUGCUACUAUUAUCUUCGUAAUGAUUUUUCGAAGAAGCUGUCACAGUGUUUUACAGAAGGCUAUAAAGAAAUACGUACUGUUGGUAACUGAUUUUGACGCUAUCUGAAGGCCGCAACGUUAAUUAACAAAGUUGUUUAUGCGACCUACGUAACGCUCAGGCUACUACAGCGUUCCAACGGCAUUGCUGCACCCAUUGCAAUGGCGAAUCCAUCACAAAGAAGGCUGUGUGUAGUCUGAAAAUCUGGUAUGGCUGUCUAAAACGGAAGAUGAGUCAAUACGAAGUGAAGUGCAUUGAAAAUUGAAUUGGAGAUAUCUCCGAACUGUGUCUAAUUUACGAAGUUUUUAUCACCAGUGCUGCCUGCAAGAAAAUGAACGGCUUAAGUCUCAGUGAGCUGUGUUGUUUGUUUUGUUGUCCUCCUUGCCCAACGAGGAUUGCUGCCAAACUGGCAUUCUUGCCACCAGAACCUACCUACAACUUUCAAGCGGAUGAAACGGGUUCGAAAUUUAGUUUGAAUUUGACAGAAAGAGCCGAGUGGCAAUACUCCGAGAGAGAAAAGGAAAAUAUUGAAGGUUUUUUCACAAGAACUUCCCGAGGAAAUCGAAUAGCCUGUUUGUUUGUGAGGUGUAGUACAACAGCUCGGUUUACAAUAUUGUUUUCACACGGUAAUGCCGUAGACUUAGGACAAAUGAGCAGUUUCUAUCUAGGGUUAGGUUCACGGAUAAACUGUAAUAUAUUUAGUUACGAUUACUCAGGCUACGGGGUCAGUACUGGAAAGCCAUCGGAAAAGAAUCUGUAUGCAGAUAUAGAUGCAGCAUGGCACGCUUUACGAACUAGGUAUGGUAUAUCACCCGAAAAUAUUAUAUUAUAUGGCCAGAGUAUUGGGACUGUGCCAACAGUGGACCUGGCAUCGCGUUAUGAAGUGGGAGCUGUCAUUCUCCAUUCGCCGCUUAUGUCUGGAAUGAGAGUCGCAUUCCCCAAUACCAAGAGGACGUGGUUUUUUGACGCCUUUCCUAGCAUUGACAAGGUUCCAAAAGUCACAUCCCCAGUACUAGUGAUACACGGUACAGAAGACGAAGUCAUAGACUUUUCACAUGGCCUUGCUAUUUACGAAAGAUGUCCGCGAGCAGUUGAACCUUUAUGGGUUGAUGGUGCUGGCCACAAUGAUGUUGAACUGUACUCUCAGUACUUGGAACGCCUGAAGCAGUUUGUCUCUGUAGAACUGCUCAACUGACAACUACUGCCACCUGGUGAGGAAUCAGAACAUAAUGCAACGUCAACUGUCAGCUCUGCAACCACUAGUUCAGUGACUGAAAAGCUUCUCUAGCUAACCGACACACUGACAAAUCAGACAGUUGGCGAACUAACUAAUAGUCCCACCAGUCCUCAAGACGAAAAAUCUGAGAGUGAGCCUUCAACCAGUAAACCAGCUGGUCAGCCAGAGAAAUCUUCUUGUAAGUCGUCAGCACCAACUGCAAAGGCAACCACAGCAGAAACAGUUAGUACAACAGCAGUCAUAAAUGCUCCUUAUGAACUGCCCAGAGAGACUACUUGCUAAAAGUUGGUAUUAUUUUGUGUGUGUCUGAUGAACUGUACAUAUUCAGCCUUGGGCAGUUGUGCUGAUAAUGAAGAAUAAAUUGCCUAUCACAUAUUGAUUGCCUGAUAACGUUACAUAAGAAGUGAAUCCUAGUGCUUAAUAAAAAUAUGGGUUAAGAGGAGGUUAAUAGUUUCCAAAAAUUCCCCAGUGAUGUAUCAUUAUGGCAGGGAAAAUGUUAUUGUUUUACCAAUAUUGCAAUAUUACAGAAUAUAUAUGUAUAUAAAAAGAUAUAUAUAUAUAUUCAUUUUUGUGUACAAACAUUUGUUACAUCUUUUGUAUCGGUAAAAAAAUUGUGCGUUUAAUUAAGCAGUGUAUUGUGUACACGGACACAAUCCAGGCACGAAAUGACAUAAGUUAUCAAAGUGUGAUACAAGAAAUAAUAGUGAAAUCAUUCUCAGAAUUUGCUAUAUUUUAGAGCUGUACUUGUUUAUACUGAUGAUAUGCUCAUGUGCAAUUUUUGUUACUGUAAGGAUGACAAAAUACCAAGUGUGUGAAUGAGUGAUGUAGUCACUUCAUAGAGUAUAACAAAAGAAGAAGAAAAAUCACUCGAUGAAUUUACUUUUGAAUAUUCGUAUCGUGAGAAGUUCUCCAUAAUUUUAUAUAUAUUGUGUGUGUGUGUGUGUGUGUGUGUGUGUGUGUGUGUGUGUGUGUGUGUGUGUGAUAUAGUGUGGUGCUCAGUUUUUAUGAGGAAAUAUUCAUAUUAUAAUUUAUUGUCUUGUGUGAGUUCACCAAGGAGAUUUCACACUCAAGAUGUUUAUUAUAUUAAAUUAAAACAGUAAACACCUUCCAGUAAAAUAUUUGUAUCUGUUAUUAAUAACUAUUCCUUCUGAUUUAUCAUGACAAUAGUUAGACCUGAACUAAAGAUACAGAAGACAGCUUUGUUCUCUUUACUUAAGACCCAAGUAAACUGAGUCUAUUUAGUUGUAGUUUACAAGUUGUUUUUUGCCCAGUGUGUUCUAUUCUUCAUAUUUUGGUUUGUGAGAUUUGUUAUGUUGGCUUAAAUAAUGCAUGGAUUUUAAAUGUAAAUCACAGAUAAUGUUGUUGUUCUAAUUCUUUAAGAAUGUUAUCUUUUGGAAAUUUUUGAGCAUUAUUGAACUUUUGCUAGCAAGACCAUAACUGUAUUUCCUCAGAAGCCUGACAAGAAGUGGGAUAAAUGAAGUUGAUUUGAUUUGUGCUCAUUUCUAUUGGAUGUUGUGCAAAAUUAAUUGUUCUUCCAGUUGCAGAUUUGUGCCUGUGUAAUAAACACACUUUUUGAGGGUUGAUAUUGACGUAUGUAUUCCAGCCCUAACUGCCAAAACAUUCAGAAUUGAAAUGUGAAACCAGAUUUCCCAGUGUUGUUUUUUUAUCAGUCCUGAUAAUUUGUUUAAUUUAUAUGUUAUUGUAAGUUCAUGUAAAGAACUGGAUACAAAAUUUCUUAGACUCUCUCUCUCUCUUUUUCUUUUUAAAGAUAUUCUUGUGUUUAGUGGUCAUAUGAAAGAUAAUCUGUCAUACAAAGACAUUUCAUUUUAUGUUGCCAUGUUUGAUACCACUAAAGGAACUACAUUGUAUUACACUAAAUUUCAUGUAAUGAAGUGAUUCAGAGGAAGUUGGUCUCUCUGGUUGUACAUCUUGAUGUCACAUGUAUAUGCAAAAUGUUUUAUUUCUUUAAAGAAAACCUGUUGUCAUUUGUGGUUUCAUGGAUUUCUUCUUCUGGUUGUGUGUGGUUUUUCUGCUGUGAUACAAAACUUAUCUUAAAAUAUCACUUUACAGUCAUGUUAUCAAAUUGGUUUUAAUUAGCAUGAAAAAUUGAGAACCUUCAGCAGCUGAAGUGUUCAUCUUCUAACAUAGUUUUCUGUCAGAUUUUGUUUUAUUUUUGAACACUGUGCUAGUUGUGGAAUAGUAAUACUGGGAAUUUAUAUUUACAGUUAAUGCAAGGAAAGUCACCUCUCACUGUAUUUGCAGUUCUAAAAACAGAUAGUUACUGUGAGGAGGUAAAUUUUUCCAUGAUUCUGCAAAACCUUUUAUUUUAUUCGGUUGAAACUUUGUGAUGACAAUGUAAUACUCAGUUUAUAGAACCUUUGUCGCAUGAACAGUCCCAUUUAAAUAUUGUUACUCUUCAAAAAGAAAAAAGAAGUGUUAGAAUGUUUUGCUGAUAUGAACCAGUUAUGUCAAAUGUCCUCCAGCUUACAUUGCCAUUGUUCACCAUGAAACUUAAUCUUUGAAAACAAAAUAAUAAUACACUAAUUAAAUAAUAAAUAUGUUCUGCAGUUGCACAAAUGCUGUAUGAACAAAUUAGGCCAAAAAACCUGUAAAGUUAUUUGGUGGAAUUUUGCAAAAUAUGCUAAUUGUUUUACAGAGUUUCCUUGUUCUUAGUAAACUGAGUCAUUGUCAUUUAGCACAAUCAAUAAUGUGGAUAUAUUGACAGAACAAAAUGUGAUAUAUAGUUUCCUUUGGAAUAUAUUCAUAAAAGAAUGGUCAGCAAGUGGUUCAGGUGUAAGCAGUGAGAGGGUUGAAUGAUGUGAUUGAGAUGCUUAGUGUAUAUACUUUAUCGAAUGCAACUAUUUCUUUGAGGCCUCAUAAGUGGACCAGCAUUUGUGUAUUACAACCAGUAAUGUGUAAUGUGGACAAUGCUGAAUUUAAUACACUAUAUUCUGAAAAAUUCUUUAUCUUUUAACACCCAAAAUAAAAGGAACACAUUAUUUCAGUGAAUUUUGUUAUAUUUACCUAAGUAAGUGCCUCACUUUGCAAUGUAUUUUGUGCAAAAUCUGACAAUCAAAUCAAUCAUUUAAUUUUCGUUAUUUCACUACCACAUUCUAGCAACUUCCAAAGUUUAUAUGUGGGUUCUUGUCGUGUGAAUUCAUGUGUUAAAUGCAAUUGCUUUGUAGGUUCUCGACUUGCAUCUCAAAGAUGCACUUAAUAACGAAUUAGGUUUCAAUUACAUUUGUUGAGAUCAUAUAUAUUAUUAGUGUCGUACACAGAAGUUUGAAAUUUGAGCAGGAAUGCGUACUGCCAUAAUUACUUUUGAAUUAGGUAUCAGGUUAAGUGUAAUGUGGAGAGAAAGGAAGAAAAGCAGAGAAUGAUUUUUGUUUGGUAGUACUGAACUUAUUGUGCCUCUGGUUGUUAGUACCAUUAUCAUUCAAAAGUAUCUAGAGACAGAAUUCUUUUAAAAUAGUAUGAAUUCUUUUUGGUCAAUAAAUCAUAUUCUACUGUACUUAAAA